GCUUUCACCUUAGAACAUGCACAAUUUUGCUUCUAGAAAAUAUAAGAAAUAGAAAUUCUCAAGAAAUAUAUAUUUCAAAUCUGCCCACAAAGGCCUUGUGAACAAAAAUCCAAUUAAUCUCAUCUCUUUCUGUUUGUUUUUCUCUUAAGCAUGGCUAUGGUAAUACAGUUGGUUGCAGCAGCAGCUACAGCCGCCGCCGCUAUCUUGGCAUACAGGAAACUAACAUGUGACCGAGUGCUAGAGGAGCAAUACAGGCUAUUGAUAGACACAGCUGCAAAGCUCUCUGUAACUUCAAAACACCCGGCCACCAUUUUGAUCCUGGGAUUCGAGAACCAUGGGAGGAGCUCAUUCAUCAACACAGUCAUCAGAGUUUUGUGCAAGGAAAAUGGGCCCUUGGUCAUGCGAGCAGAGACUGGACCCUCCAAAAAAACCACAACCACAACGAGGGUGUUCGCAGUGAAGAACAAGCUGUUGAUGUACCCCAAAUAUUUGGCAAAUCUCAUCGACACGCCCACCUUCUCGGCCUCUGAUGUUUUGGACGAGCAGAAAGUGAGGACAAUUUUGAGAGGAGAAAACGCAGUGAUUUCAAAUCAGAAGGACUUUCCUCCUCCUGAAUGUGCGGUGAUAGUUAUCAGAGCAGAUGCUGCUGGCGCUGGAGCACCUGCUUCGGAAAAUCUUCCAGAUCUUGCCAGAAUUAUUCGCGAAGAAGGGCUUCAAUUUGUGGUAGUAUUGACGCACAGGAAACAAGCACAGAAGGCAAUGGACCUGAAAGAGCUAACUAGACAAGUUGCUCAGAUGAUGGGCACGGAUUAUGUGCAGUGUGUAGACAAUUACGUUGCAGAAAAUUUUAGUGGGGCAAAUGUGAAGAACAAUUUGAACACAGACAUUCAGACACUGAGCAUUAUGAGGCAGUGCUUUGAGUAUGUCAAGCAGCGACGCCACUUAAAUAAAAGCUCAAAACUUUCAGACAAAACUCAACCUGCCCAGUUAUCUUCUGAUAGUGAAUGAUUGUAAAAUGUAUUGUCCCUGUUACUGCAAUUCAGCCUUAUAUCACAAGCUUCAACUUCGGAUUUAUGCAUUUUAUACAUCAAAUGUAUAUAAAAAAACAAAGGAACCUGUUUGUAUAAUAUUUAAUUAUUCUUAUAAUAAAUGUAUUAUGAAUUUUUUAUUUA